UUUGCAGGUAUUGAAGGUUUCGUGACCGCAAUUGUGAACCUGUUUCCUUUGCAGUUAAGGCGUGGUUAUCGUAAAGAAAUCUUCAUUGCCUGUGUUUGCAUGGUUUGGUACCUUAUUGGUUCAUCCAUGGUUACUAAGGUAUGUUUACCCUUAUUCUGUUCAAGCUUUUAUCUAAGUUGGGCUUUAAUCUUGUAUCAGCCACUUUCAUGAGUUGAUGUAAUUUUAUGAAGUACAUUUAUUGGAAAACGUAAUGAGGUUUUUUGUAUCAUUGUAUUGUAUGUGUUGCAGUUAAGUUUAUUUUUCUAUUGUUUUUCGGUAUGAUAAUGGAACAAACGAAUUUUAAGUUGGCUCGUACCAGUUUCCCUCUUUUUUGACAGUUUAAACGGACAGAGCAAAAAAGCAAUCCAAAGCCAUGGCAUGGAUUAUACAAUGAAUUUUUGACUUCAAACAACCAUUAUUUCGUCAUUAGCAGUUACCAUGGCAACGUAUCUUCAAGAUUAUUUGGACCUACUUUUUGGCUUCCAGCACUGAUAACUAGAAAACUAAGCCGGUGUUUUGGACAACAACUUUUGGCAUUAGAAAAGGAAAAUACACAUUGAUUUUAAGAAAAUUCUACAAAGCGAAUUUUCAAAGUGCGAAAGUGGAAAAUGGGACAUUUUCAUUUAGUAGAAAUUUCUUUCCGUAGAAUUUUUUAACUUUUUCUCUGUCGUUUCCUAUCAACUCUGACAAAAAAAAUAGGGGGUCACGGGAGAUGUUUUCUUGUAAAAUACUUCAAGAUUUCACAAAUUCCCAUGCGUGUCUUCGUGCUUGUAAAAUCUGAAUCCUAUAAGAACAUGGGUUACUCAUGCGCUGUGUUGACUACCACUGACUGUUGCGUGCACACUCGUAGGCAUCCAUUAAGUUUGUUACAGUAAUUGCAGAGCGGAAAAAACUUACACGCUUCAAAUUAAUGCAUUGUUACUAUGUUUUCCCGUUCAGUGUAACGUUUAGUAACUUGAAACAUCGCCUUCUGGACUCGCAAAGUGGCAAAGAGAAAAUUGUUUGCAGGAAACUGACGAAAAUCGACUUAAAGUUUUCAAUUUUCUUCGUCGAUCUUGUAAGAACGCUAUACAGUAGCUUCAGCGGGGUAAACAUGAUCCAAACGACGAAAUGUAGCCAAGAAGAUAACGUGUGGUUAAUUGUGGUAGUAUUCUAGUUUAUUGUUUUCGUAUUUUUGCUAGUGCUAAGAGAGUCAUUGCUCUUCUAAUCCCUGUCACGAUCGAUCGCAGUGCACAUCGCACACAAGGUUCCCUUUUGAAACUUACGCAUCGAGCGGAAAAAUAAUUGUAUUCUUAAAAAUAUAUAGUUAAAAUAGGAGUUUACUGCAUGCUUAGAGUUAGAUAAACAAGAAUUUUAAUUAAAACAGGCAAAAAGUAACCUCACACGAAAAUGUUAAAACUUGCACAAAAAUAGCCACGUGUCGUCAUAUUUGUUUUCUGUACCUCGUCCGUACAAAGUGGAGCGGGAUGCGCGCCUACGAUGGACUCCUCACGUGAGAAACCUACUACGAGCCACCUUAAACAAAGGAAAAACAAAAAUUAACUGAAAUUAAAAAAAAAAAAUAACCACAACAUAUGCAUCAAUGUAAAUGAAAUUCCAUGUGAUAACCGUAGGCCCGCGGUAAAUACUUCGAGCGAUAAUAAACUAGAUCCCCUCAGUCGACUGAUUUGUUUCGGCCAAUCACAUGCAAGCUGACACACGCACAAUAAAUAUUUUUAUUAAAUUUUCAACCUCGGAUAAUGCAUUUCUAGCAUUCUGAUUGGUUCACUCAAUCUCAGUUAUCAGCUCAUAUACCUUAGUUUGACCUUAUAUGGAAAACGAUUACGCUCAGUGUUGCCGAGCUAAAAAUUUUUCGCCAGGAAACAAAAUUUCUUCUCGGACAAAAUGGUGGAAAAAAAAAACUGUAGAUUUCGCGAGCUUUCUACGGACGAAAUACAAAAAAUGCUGGAAAAUGCCAUACCGGCAGCGACAAAAAAAGCCACAAACUGUGGUUUGAAAUUAUUUAAUGGUACGUCUCCCCGAAGUUUCCUUACAAAUUUAAAGAAAUUGUAAGCUUCAAGGUGAUUAUGUAAGAUCAACAACAAAAUUUACCUUUAAAAUUUUCAGAAUGGCUUGCAAGUCCUCGCAGGGGUAAGUUUUCAAAACCAUUAGAGGUUUUUUUUUGCAUGUUUGAAGAGCUUUUACACUUAUUACACUUUCGUAAGUCCAUAACGGGCCUUAAGUGAAUCAUACAACGAGUGGCUUUCCAUUAAACAAGUCUUGUCCUUGCUCUCAUGAUCAGUGAUUUUAUUGAUUGAUGAAGCUAGGUAUUUGUGCAGCUCCGAUUCAUGCAGUGUAGAAAGAAAACGAAACUGACGAGCAAUCAGGUUGACAUAUCCAGUUUCAAAUUCCACAGCAGUCACAGCAAGAGAACGCGAAAACAGUUCUUGUUGAGAAUAAUUUUACCACAGCGUCCUUGUCACAUAGCGAUCAAAGCUUACAAUUGCAAUGUGCAGGUGCACAAUUAUUACACUUGUCCUUGACUUUAACUUUGAAGUCUUAAUUUCUGAAGAAGAUUUCAACCCUAACAUUUGAUCAACGUUCCUCUUUUAUGAGAGAAAUAUUCUUUUUUGUCUGUGUGAUUUGCUUCCUUUCAUAUUAUACACUUAAUGUCAGAUCCCGAGGGAAACAGUUAGUUUUCUUUUCUCGAGAGUUUUGAUGUUUCCAAACAUUAGGACUCGAGGGAAAACAAAACUAACUGGUUUCCCGAGGGACCUGAGUACCUGAAAUUAAGUGUUUUGUUAUAUUUCUAGACAGCAACAGAAGAAUAACCCGGGCGAGCCAAAACAGUCAACUUAGUACUUGUAACAACACAAAUUUAAUUCUCAAAACCACUGAAUGAAUGAUUUAUAAAGUACUCUCCUUAUAUUAUCUACAUCUUUUUUCUCCACUAGCUGCUGUUUCUCUUCUGGGAUGACUUUAAAAAUCGUUGCUUUUUAGCUUGAGGCUUCGUGUUUGUGUUGUUGUGUUCAUUCACGAAAAAGAAAACUGGCAGUGUUUUUCCCGCCUUCUGUCACACCACUUUCCACCAUGCUUUGAUCACGUGCUGUAAUGUAGCCCAAGUGGGGUACAUUGCUUAAUGUAUCACGAUAAGUAUACGUCUGAUUUUAGUCAAGGCCACUUGACCAAGAAUCAACCAGUGUCAGUCCCUGUUUAGUUGAGUGAAAGUCUAGGAAUAUAACAAUUUUUAUUGACUUAAGUUCGCAAACGGCGCAAUGUCAUGUGAUUUUCAAUUGGUUUACCAGAAGUUACAUCAAUAUCCGGUCGUUUUGUAAUAUUUUUAAUAUUUUUAAAUUUUUCUCUUCAACAGCAACAGAAGAAUAACCCGAGCGAACCAAAACAGUCAACUCGGUACUUAUAACAACACAAAUUUAAUUAAAAAAAUAAAAUUUAGCAAAAUUCAGCUGUAAUAACCAGACGUUUGGAGUUUAAAAAAAUUCAUAAAACAAUUAUUCCAUUGGAUACAAAAUGAUUGCAACCAACUUGGCGCUACGGGCCUCGUUGGUUAUUUACCAUCUCAUAUCCAACGCGCUCAUGGAAUAAUUUCUAAGUAAUAAAUUUGUUGGUUUAAAUCCCGAUAGAAAAACAGUUUGAGUACCUCGAUCACUCUUUACCUCAUUUCCCCACAAUUACUCUGUUCUAGGUAUUUGUUGGGUAAAUUAACCUUCAGCUUAGCUGAAUUGAAGAUACUAAGGCUUUUUUUAACAACUACCCUAUCCAGUUUUACAUUCGGUCCGUAUUGAACUGAUUUACCAUAACAAAACAAACAAAACAGAGCUAAGUAAAGAGCAAUUUAUUUGUGUGACUUGCUAUUCGAUUGAGGAUUUUAAUCAUCUUUUAAAAAGUUAUUUUCACAUGGGCACUCUGUGGUAUCAAAUUUUUUAGGAAGUUUUUCUAUUUUCUUACUCUUCAAGCAAUAAGCUUUUCUCGUGUUUGCAUAGCUUGAUAUAAACACGAGAGAGUGUUGGGAGAAUUGACAAACAUCAAACUCUAUGUUACUAGCGCUGAUUAAAAGAGAAAUUCUUACUAGUCGAAAAGUAUUGUUCACGAAAUUGUUUUAACUAAAUGUAGUACCCGCAAUCACUUUUUGUUGCGCAAAUAAAUGUGUUAUUAGAAUACACACUAUCUCGUUUAAAAAUGUUACCGUAAGCAAAAUUGGAAAAGCUGAAAACGAAAAAAUAAAGGAGGUCGAUAAAGGUUAAUUCAUAACAAUUUUUUGAAAAUAAUAUUAUACUGAUCUAGAUUCAUUAUAUGGCACUCAUCUCAGUGAUCUGAAUAGAGAAAAUAUUUGCUUCUUGUAUUUACUCUCAUGUACGCAAAGCAGUUUGCAGAUCCAACACUAAUUUCUAGGAUUGUGGCCUAGAUACUUCUUCAAUCAUUAUACGAGACACGAAGACCCACCCAGUGUAAGCAUCACCCAACUUCCAGCUGCCACACUGUCCUACCCAUAAUUCCACCCUAACCGUCCCUUUGGGAAUGUUUUCGCAGUAGCCCUCAAAUGACCGAUGGUGAUGAAGGUUUGGAAGACUCCCAGGCCAAUCACUGUAGACUGCAGCCUCGAUUGUCAUUGGACCAGUGCAUUCGUUUCCAUUGAAUCUGAAAUACCAUCGAUUACACUUCUGAUCACUACGCAUUCUUAUAUUUCCCUGGAAUGAGACUUUUAGAGCUGUAUUGGACUUCAAUUUGUUGAACGUACAGUCCUGAAAUAAAGCAAAAUUCAUGCAUUAUUUUAUUAUUAUUUUUAGAUUUUUAGAGUUUAAUUUUUUUUUAAAUGAAAGAUCAUCAUCCAGGAGUAGAAGUAACUAAAAUAUCAGCUUUGGAAGGAAGCAGCUUUGACAGCUGACAGUGGUAAGGAGAUUUAUCUUCCUACAGCUGUAAAAUUUCAUUUAAACAAACCUUUGAGAAAAAAUUACACUGAAAUCUUUGUCUUCUUACAUAUAGACUCACACUAUGUUUCUCACUCAGCACAUUUCUUGUUCACCUUAAUCUUUCCAUUGUCAGUAUCGGAGUAUGAUUUCCACACACAUUGUUUCCAGUUGGUUUCUGGUACUACACUUGCUUGACUUGCUUUGGCGCUUUCUCCUUUCUCUCCUUUGUCUCCUUCUCUUCCUUGAUUUCCCACAACGCCUGGUUCCCCUUUCAUUCCCACAAGUCCUGGGUCACCUUUUAUUCCAGUGAUUCCUGGUGGUCCGCUCUUUCCAGGAGGCCCUUCGCGCCCUUUGUCUCCUCGUGGACCCGGCCUUCCUUGUGAUCCCUUAUCACCGGUUUGUCCUUUUACACCUUCCCUUCCUUGGGGUCCUUGCGGCCCGGGAACGCCCGGCACUCCCGGCAUGCCAUUAGAUCCUGGAAUGCCGGGAAAACCAUGACCUAGUAUAGAUUUCUAAAAGUAAAGAUGACCUAGAUUAACAUUAUUCGUGAGAAUGAGCUAUUUCAUUCCUCUUAACGCUAAAGGUCACACACCCACCGUUUCAGUCCUUUGUUAGCGCACAAAAGCUGGUGAUAAAAAAAAUGUUUUUAUUGAAAAAUAAAAACAAAACAAAAACUGCCGUUUGAAUUCCUAAAACUGAAGGAAGCCAGUUAAUCAAGGACCAAAAGGUUGACAAUUAAACUGUCCAAACUGCAUUACAUUUCAUGCAUCUUUGCGGAUUAUAUGAUACAAUAAAGAUGUGCAAGUGAAAAACGGUACGCGAAAAGCUUGCAAAAGCCUCAAUUUGAAUGCUAGUAAUGAAUCCCGGGACGGCGUUCGUUUUAGUGACCUAUUUUCGAGGGUAAAAUAGUUCUUUCUUCUUACCUCACAUAAAUCUUUUAACUUUGCGGUGUUUUGUUGCUGUGGUGAGGUGGUUGUCUCAAGUGAACCGCAAGGAAUACACAGAAUCAGGAAAACAGCCAAGUACUGAACCAUGGUGAGAGGUGAACCAGAACACUGCGAACUGAAGUUAGUGCUACGUGUUCUUCAGUUUUAUAUGUCCUAAGGUUAAUCUUCGCUUCCUUUUUAGAGUUUGUUUUUGUUUCUUUUGUUUUUGCUUCGUUAAUCUUUUCAGCUUCUUAUUCUGUGUUACAUGUUUUACACGAACAAAAGACAGAUAUUAUAUUAUAUUUUUUGUUUUCGUACUUUUGAUUAUUUUGUUUUUCUUGGUGCCCUGUUUCGUUUUUCCUUUUAAACGUUGGCUUUUUUAAGUAUAAAAGUACAACUUUGCUCUAACAUUAGCACAGCAAGCCCAAACUUGUCUGUUUUCCUUGGGUAGCCUUCAAAUUGUGUUAUUUUAAAUACACGUACAUUCAUACAUGGAACUCAUGGUGAACAAUGAGACUCUUAAGCAGCAUUGUAAUUUUAUCUCUUACCAAAAUUGUAGCGCUUCUCUGACAGUUUCAGGUUUAGCGAUCGCUUGCUGGGUAAAGCAGAAUAUAAAAACUCACUGAUUCGUACACACUGAAAAUAGUGCUUAACGUAUUUUUAGUUUCCGUUGUCUUUAUAAUUUUUGCAUGCUAAGACAAGCUUUUAGGCAUAAAAGAGCUGUUUACUAAAUUCUUAUUAAGAGCUUUUUAUUAACAAUUGGUUCUCACGUUUAGUAUAACAAGUCGAAACGUGUCUUUUGUUUCUAUAUGUUGAUGAGAGACAUUUACAGAUCUGGACCUUUUGAACAAGUGUCCUUUCUAAGUGAGUCAUGUUGAGCAAAAAAAAAAAAAAGAAUUUUGGUAAAUCCCCAGCCUACGAACAACCCCACUUAAUGGGGCUAUUUCAUACUAUUUUCUAUGAUGUCCUUUUUUCGCAUUAAACUGAACUCUAAAUGUAAUGGUCCAUUUUUGUUAUUUAAGGCUAUCUGCAAUAGAUGUACGACCAGGAUAGACAUAGACUGAUCGGGUUAGUACUCCCUGAUGGAAUUUGUUUGGUAUGUUCAUAACUCUACAGAAACACGCGCAUGGGUAAAGGCACUAAGUAAUGACUUCACAACAAAAUGGAGCUUUAAAACGACAAUAUCCUAACGACGUAGCCCCCUUAAUUAUAGAUGACAACGUAAUCAGCAUUUGUUUUCUCUUUGGUAGGAUCUUUUCCCUUUUCUUUAGCUCUUUUCCUGGUAUUUCUUCUUGCUAUGGAUAGAGUGAUUUUACUUGACCCGUGAAACAAAUAGAAACAACUAAUACAAAGCAGCUUGUUAAGUAAAAUCAGUCGACUUGUUUAAAGGCGGUCACGUAGUGUUACCUCAGUGGUAACGAUAUGAGUCAAUAAUUAUAAGCCUUUUCCUUUGUUUGAAAGAGUGAGAGAUUCAAAUAAUUCAAACAUUAAGCUUUAGUAAGCUUUUCUUUAAGUAGGAUUUUGUUUAGUAUUGUUGUUUUCAAGUGAAGGCUAAUACCAUCUUUAUUUUUUAAGCACAUUACUUGAGAUUUAUGAUAAGUCUAAUUUCUUUUCUCGGAACCUUGGACAGUUUCGCAUUGUGUACAGAACUAAGUUCUCGCGAUCCCCAAAGAUAACUGAAUGAUCCCCUUGUUUCCUUUACCUUAAUUGUGUGAUUCCCCUAAAAUCCUCUGAACCACUGCAGGCGAUAAAUACUGUUAUAUACAGCAUUAUUAGGGAGCUUAAAAAACGACGACGCCAACGAGUACGGCAAAAAGCAAUAGGGUUUAGGUUGGCAAAACAACAACUUUGCUCGUGCAUCACGCUUUUUUUGUUCAUUUCUUUGCCGUCACUGCAUGAGUACAACGUGAUUGUGCCUAAUUUCACGUUUUCUUGGGGACGUGAACACAAGUCAAAAACUUCCUUUUUCUUUUCCUGGACUUUGAUACUCUCAGUUUUAUAAUUCAACUACAAAAAAACAGAAGAAAACAAAAUUGCUAAAAAUUGAAAAAUUAAACGAGAUAAAAAAAGCACGACAAAGUUUGAGGCAAUGCGAAUUCACUUUUUUUAAGUGCCUUUUUUGUAGCCCUCUUUUUCUGUCGCACUUUGUAAUAAUCGUCCCACUUUGUGCUGAUACCUGUCGCACUUUGUAAUAAAAUUGUCGCACUUUGUAAUAAGCUUGAAAUGUAUGGUAGUUGGAGGAGUAAACCCACUAAUAAAUAUCAUUAUCAGAAGGGUCUGAUGCGAGAUUUCUUUAAAGAAAAUUAUUACAUUAACAAGUUUGCCAAGAUUAAUGGCGGUUUUCUGCCUAUGUUUGUUCUAUUUCUGUUUAGGGUGGUGUGUAUGUCUUUCAACUAUUUGAUUCGUACUCCGCCAGUGGUUCUGCCCUCUCUGGGUGGCGCUACUCCAAAGCAUCGCUAUUGGUUGGAUGUACGGUAAGAAAAAUGCCAUAUGAAAUAAAACAACCCGGGUUUUGUUUGUGUUAUUGACAAAUGAUGAGGUUCACAUCGUCCAUCCAUAGCAAAAAAUAAAAUAGAGUCUGAUGUCCAUCAAACAUGACCCGAAAUAAGACUGGUCAGUCUAUGUAUUUCUUUGCCACAGGAAUUUUUUCUUGUGGACACAAAGAAGACAAGAUAGCUCCGUCUUGCCUGCUCACGUAGCCAUAAUAAACAACACUAUGUCUGCUCCAUUUUGGCUUGUUCGCAUUUCCUUCAACGUGGUUAAGAAUUCAAUUUGAUUCAACUUGUUUCUUCUUCUGCAUUGGUUUAUGGAUUUAAAAAACGCUCGCGACAGACCUGAAGCUGCACCUACUGUACGUUUCCUUUUUUAUGCCAGGUCGGUAACAUAAUCUUAUUGUGCCCUACACCCUUAGAGUGUCAUUAUUGUUGACCCAUAAAGGAAAAGGAUAAUGUCUUUGAUUUGUUAAGUUGUGACUAGUUUCAUAUAUAUCAUCAUUCAGGUGGAAAGCGCUUCUAUGACGACAUGGAAAAAACGAUUCGAUUUCGUAUCAAUCCCUGGUGCCUUUGCUUGAGGAAACGAAUUUAGGGUUUUUCCCUAGUACUGCCUUGCGCAUCCUUACUGCGCACAAUUUUCAUGAGUAAUAGCGCGCGCACAUUAAAACAUGGCGGCUUUUGCCUCAAGGCUGGAACUCCCAGAGGUGCGCACGGUAAAUCGUAAAUCGAAUAUGGUGACCUAUCACUUUUUUCUCUUUUUUACAAUGACCAGUAAAUUUCUUCUCUAGAAUAAAUACAUGCUGUAGACUAAUUUCCAUUGCAGAAAAAAGGGGAAUUGUCGGAAAUUAGUGUGUUCAAAGCAUGUACUCGUAAAUAUCACAUGUGAUGUAAAUUAUUGCGUAUAUACAAGUUGCUACUGCUCCUUAAAGAGUAUGGGGACCUCCCAAUUUUAUUUCAAAUUUGAAGUUUCUUCAACAUAAACAACUGCUUGGUAACGUUUGACAAAAAUUUGACAGGAAUGACCUCAGUGAUAUUAUGAAAUUACUACAGAAUCACGUCUAGAUUUUUCCCUUUUAUAUUUUUGAGGCCUUUUUGAAUAUUGCCAAUCUACUCACCACAACGGAAGUGUGUAAUUAGGCAUCUAAAAAAUAACUUGAAUUUUUGUUUGUCUUUUAGUAAGCAGCUCUCGAAUUUUCUUGCCCGGGGCUACUUCUUGCUCGUCUUAGUUGAUGAUUUAGUUAGACGAUGACUUGCUGGGACCUUUGCCCAUUGUACAAAUGAGCUUAAAAAGUUACUUGACCAGAGAAAAUAUACUUGUCCCGGACUACUGGACGGGACGUUUUUGAAGGCCUGUGUAGUAUGCCUCACUUAUUUGUUGUGUAGUGAGUUGCGAAAUAUACUUCCAUAAAUUAAAAUUUGAUGUCAAGCGCUAUUCCGCAGGUUGAAGUGACUACAUUUUUCCCCAACAGGCGGUCUUCAUUUUUAGUCUCGUGACAUAUUCGCCACUCAAAUAUGACGACUAUGAUUAUCCAGACUGGGGACAAGCCAUUGGUUGGAUCAUGGCCCUUUCAUCAAUCGCCUGUAUACCAUUUGUGAUGCUGUACAAGUUAGUCACUACACCGGGUUCUUUUAAGGAGGUAAUUAUAAUCAAAUAUUUUCAUAAUUAUGCAUACAACGGAUCAUUAUACGUCUCUGGGAAACUGCGCAUCACCUCUCCCCUAAGCCAACAUUUUGCCGAAAGUGAGAAGUAAGUGUUAGUGUUCACUAAGGGGAGGGGUAGGUGGGCAGUUUCUGACCAGUGGCCAUAUAGCAUUUUAGUGCUAUAAAACGUAAAAAAUUUCGGUCAGGUUUAAAAAUUAAUGCUUUGCCUGCAAAAAUCACUACAAAUAUUAUUGUUAGCGCUCCUAAUGACUCCCUUAACGAAAUUUUGAUGAGAAGAAUGACGACCUUCCUGUCCAGGUUCAGUCGGUUCUCACUAGGGUGGGUUAUACAGGAUCACUAAAAAGAGCUAUGAAUUGAUGUUGCUUUUACGGAGUUAAUAUUUGUACAUUUGUAUUUCUUGUUUGUUUGUUUGUUCUUUUUCACCAGCGUUGGAGCUCAUUGAUCACUCCUAUUUUUAAGCAUCAAUCGCCAGGUGCACAACAGAUGGAUUCCCUGGAGACUUACAAAUCCUAUGACAAGAACGGUCUCUGA